AUGCGGGCAUUCCCUGCGCUUGCGCUGGUGGUCUAUCUGGUGUCAUGCUUAUGCGUGAUUGGAGCCUGGGUGCCUCUCGGUGGGCGCCAUACGCAUGGAGGGUUAGCCAUCAUACAAGCCAGGGCAACAGACCCGAGCUCUUCGACAACAGUGGAUGCGACCUCAACUUCUGACAGUGCAACGACAAGCGCCACGAACACGAAUCAUACCACAGCGACGACCAAUUCGACUUCAGCAUCGGCCGCAACGACUGCCGCGUCCACGACUGUGGCAUCGCUCAAUACGUCGGCGCCAUCGAAAAAUGAAACGGAUCAGACCGCUGCCGGAGAACUGCCUCUGGAGCCUUUGAUUACACCCGCAUUAGGUGUGAGUGGAGUCAUUCUCAUAGCCAGCGGUGCUUUUCUCGCGUUCAUAGGAAUUCGGAACUUGCGAGUUCAAGUCUUUCUGUCGACCGCCUUUUUAACCAGUUUAGGGGUCACUGUUCUCAUUGUCUAUGUAAUGAACCCGCCCGUUCGUACCGCAAUCCAAGGGGCAUAUCUUGUCGCUGUCUUUUUCACGGGGGUUACCUUUGGAGCCCUCUCGCUUGUUUUCAAAGAGCUGAGCGAAGGCCUUGGAUGUCUCCUAGGGGGAUUCUGCUGCAGCAUGUGGCUCCUUUGUCUGAAGCCAGGCGGCCUUUUGACGGAAACGGACGCAAAAAGUGGAUUUAUCGGAGCAUUUUCGGUGGCAUUUUAUGCUUUGUCUUUCAGCCAAUACACGCGCCCAUAUGGACUGAUGGCAUCGACCGGGAUUUCCGGAGGCACGGCCGUUGCCUUGGGAAUCGACUGUUACAGUCGGGCCGGUUUGAAAGAGUUCUGGCUCUACCUAUGGGCUCUCAAUGAUGACAUCUUUCCUCUUGGCACCGACACCUAUCCAGUGACCCGCAACAUUCGCGUUGAACUCGCCGCGACGGUCAUCAUUGCUAUCCUGGGUGUUGUUUCCCAACUCAGACUGUGGCGUGUGAUCCGGGAGAGAAGACACAAGGACGAAGAAAUGCGCGCCGAAGAGAGACGUCAAAAGGAGGAAGCUGAGGCCGAAAACUCGAAGCGUCUGGAGGAGGAUAACAUGAAAGAGCGGAUGGAGUGGGAAGCCAAAUACGGAAACAACCCCGGGCCAAAUCUGCCAGAGCUCCCUGGCGAUGCCAAAUGUCUCGCGGAUAUCGAGAUGGAGAAGGCCGACGGGAUUGACAGUGUCUCCAGUUCCUCCGGGGAGUCAUACCGGUGCUCUGAUUGUCGAGAGCGGGCGGAUAAUGGCGAAUCUGCGUACGCCUCCUCGGUCACGUCUGAUACAAGCGGAGCCACCGAAGGCAGCCAGACGCGACAGCAAGACGACGAUAUGCCCAAAAGUUUGGAUGGAGAGGAUUCGAGUCAGGUGCCUGAUGAUAAAAAUGCCGCUCGGAUCAAAAUGUUUGACGGCACAGUUGCAGCACAGAUGCGUGACGAUGAGAGCUCUGAUAUGACAGCUAUCGUUGGCUCAGACACGGACUCCGAUCGGGUUUCUGAAGGGUCUUCUUGGGCCAAGUCGUCGGUGAAGAACAGUGUCAGGUCUGAUUCUCAAGAAGCGCUUAUACCUCCAAAGGACAAUUCCCCAUCCUCCCAUGAAAAAACGGAUGCAAGGAGUGGUGCUGCAUCUAGCAGUCCUACGAUAGCGGCGGAGGGUGAGGUUGCGACAAAGGAACCCUUAGACGCAAAGGAAAAAUCUACAGAUAAAGAGCCAUCGCCUUCCAUGGUGACGUCUUUCUCGAGGGGCAAUGCUGGGGAAAACAUGGACGAUCGAAGUGUCUACUCACGAGAAGUGGAGGACCAAAAGCUGCAUCCAAUGCAAGCGAUUGAUGCGACACAGGAGGAAAAUGAUGGCGCACCGGAUGAAAAAGGAGACGAAUGCCCGGCCUCUUAUUCCACGCCGCAGGCAAAGGAUAAAACCACUGUAGACGAGAAACAGGAACUUCGCAAAGAAGAUCCUGAACAGUCUGAGCUAACAGGUGAAAUGAUCGAGAAGACCGACCCAAAUAACAACAAAUCACAGGCCAGUGUCUCAGAGGAUACGAACUCAGGCCCAGAAUAUAAAGGCCCAAAGCCUCCCGAAGCGCAAGAACCAAGAAGCUCUUCGGGGACUGAGAGCUCUUCCAAGAAAUCUGAAAUCAGCACCGGCAAGCGGAAAUCCUCAAAGCCAGAACCUAAGACCAAAGCCAAGCCGAAGAAGGAGGAGCCAGUCAAGCUGGAUGCAAAGGCUGUGAAACAUUUACCCCAUCGAGCAUCCAGGAUGAUUCAGUCCUACCGCACCGAUGAAUGGGCAAAACAUUUGGCGGACGCGGAGAUUCCCGAGCCCGAGCCCAUCCAUUCCGUUGAAGACGAACAGCACGAGGGUCCAGAGGAGACCCAAGAAACUGCGGCGCCGGUAAAUGUCGAAGAACUGCUGCAAACGCCCCUGAAUGCACGACCGCCGCCUGCGAUCGAGCACACCCUCGGGCGCCAGCCGAGCAAUGCCAACGAGGGUCAUCGGAUGUCUCACGGAUCGCAAACGCAAUCGCGCCGAGACUCCAAGGCAAAACGGAGAUCGUCGCGAUCCAGCAAAAACCUUUCAGGGUCGUCUUUCCCGUCAGCAAGCAGCUUGCCUCAGUACCCACCUGCAGCGGCCCAGCCUCCUGCCGCCCAAGGGCCAGCGACUGGCCUUCAGAUCCAAGCGAGCGCGCUGCCUCCGAUUUCUACCGCCGUUGAACCCUCCCGAGAGGAGGUCGAACCCCCUAAACCGCAAUGGAGGGGCCCACCAGCGCUCUUGGAUGUGCGCGAGGGCCUGAUGCGCAGCCGGUUAUCAUCCUUCUCGCUCGGCUCGGACCCUUGGUCUGCGCGUAGUAAUCCGGGGAUGUCACCCGUCGAGACUUCACCGCGGCAGACUACUUACCCCAUCCUCGAAGAGGGAGACAACCUGCCACUUUCCCAACGUCGAACCAUGCUUCACCAGCAGAUCAUUCCAAUGUCGCAGACACCCGCCGUGCCGACGCCCGCCCCUGCCCUUGCCCCUGCCCCUGUUCCGACCAAUUCGCAGGCCACGAUGGCUGCGUGGCGGGAGUAUGUGCGCGAGGAUCUGUACGACAAACGCAAUCCGUUGGCCAAGGCGAACAAUUCCGCGGCGGCGACGGCAAACCGGAAUCCGUUCGUACAGGCCGAGCGCAAUGCAUCCUCCGUCAAAUUCGGCACCCCGGCCGCGGAGAGCAAACGGCGCGGGGACAUGAGCGACUUGCAUCGGAAUGCGAUGCGACGCAUGCAAGCCAUGGCCAACCGAAACAUGAAUGGGAAAUGA